AUGUCCGGGCAACACACGCCUCCUGCGGCCGACGGCAGCGGGCUGCUCACCGGCGGCCGCAGCCGGUCGUACGGGAGCCUGGUCCGGUCCCCGGUGCCUCAGAGGCGGAUCCAGCACGAGCUGCAGCCCGGGGAGACGCUUCCGGGCCUGGCGCUGAGAUACGGAGUCUCCAUGGAGCAAAUCAAACGAGCAAACAGACUCUACACCAACGACUCCAUCUUCCUGAAGAAGUCCCUCUCCAUCCCCGUGCUCUCGGACUCGGCUGCAGACGAUGCCGGCUGUGCUCAGAACGGACAACCGGGCAGCGCCUCUGGGAAUCAAACCUGUGACGGCAGAGACGGGGCGGCAGAUCUGACUCCAGAUCUGACUCCAGAGGGUUUCUUGAAGAGGUUGGAUGAGUUGAUUCACCAGUCGAAGGAAGCUGCAGUCAAAGGACAUCAGGACGCAGAGGAAAGAGUCGCCGCCCUGGAAGCAGCUUGCAGCAGCGGGACAGCCGACUGGCGGCGUCUCACGAGGUCACAGAGCGUCAGCACCCCCCACGCAGCGCAGCAGCAGGAGGUGGCGUUCAGGGCCACGCCCCUCACCGUCACCAGGCUCACAAAGACACUCAGAGACAGAGAGGACGACAUCUUCCAGCUGUGAACACGUGACGCUGGGACCAUGCAUUACAGAUAGAGGUUACUUAAUCUCAUUAUGAGGUUUUAUACUGACCUUUAAAUGGAGAGUCUUUCUAAAUGAAUAAUGCACCUUUGGUAUUUGUAUUUAUUUGUUGAAAUGCAAGGUAUGAGUAUUGUCCUAUAGCUGUGGGGGGUUUUACUUUGAGAGAUGGUUCCCACAAGUGUGUGAAAUGUAAAACAUGAGGAUUUACAGUCACAUGUGGGAUCAGUCAUAUGAUCGUUCAUAUGGUCCAGUCGGCACGUGAUCCUGUGUCACGCUACCUCACGGCUUGAAAAUGCAAAAAAUGUCUUCCAACAGAAAAGUUAACGCCAUGAUGUGUGAUAUGUAAAGUUUACACAGUUCGUCAGGUUCACUGUAAAACACAGAUUUUACCAGAAAUGUGUUUUUUCCUCAAUAAGUCAAACUACACUGAAGCCAAGGAAAAAAAAUAAGACACAAGAUUUUUAAGAAUAUAUAUCCACAGCAAUAUUGUUUAUUUUUUAUGUAAAUGUUUCCAACUUCGUUUUCUUUUUUAAGUUUAUUUUAAAGCAAAAAUAAAAAAAGGUGUUGAUCC